AUGGGACAAACGCUUGGACGAGCCUACAUCGACCACGUUACAGGAACCGUGCAGGUCUCAAUCAAGCUGUCGAGGCCACUCAAGUUCGAGGCGGGCCAGUAUCUGUUGUUGUGGAUCCCGAGAGUCCGACUGUUUGAGUGCCAUCCCUUCGUUGUGACUUCGUGGGCGGAAGCGGAACAAAGCAUCGUCGAUCUCUUCAUCAAGCCCCGACGAGGAUUCACUUCCAGCCUGGUCCGAUAUUCUCACGGACACGUCGUGCCCCGAUUGGCCCUCCUCUCUGGGCCACACGGCGUCAGCGUGCCGGUGUGGGACUAUGAGGCGGUGCUCAUGGUGGCUACGGACCACGGGAUUUCUGCGCUGGCUCCGUACCUGAAGAAGCUUGUGUACGGAUACAACCACUGCAGAGGUCGCACGCGGCAGAUACACCUUAUUUGGCAGGUAACCAACCUUGGGAUCGUACAUGCGGCCGAGUCGAUCCUCAACCCUAUACUGAACGAGGACACGCUCGACGAUGGCUACAUUCUCGAGAUUUCCAUCUACUAUGACAUGCGGGAACAAGGAAUGUCCGUCGAAGAUCUCAAGAUGCUGAUCCCGGGUUGCACCAGCGACGAGCUGAUAACCAAAAGCGCUUCGACGCACAUCCUGAGCGCGUCCGAUGUCGAACGACUGGUUACCAAGCAUCUUUACGGCGGCACCGGUCGGUCACAUGGUAAGCCGACUCGUGUGAGGGAUUUCGGGACGAGAGCGCGACUUUACGUGGGCAGUCCCGAUCUCGCGGCAGGCCUGUGGAGCGAGGCAUCACGCGUCUUCGAUCGCACAGUCCAAGAAGCAGUUGGAAAGAUGGGAGACAUGUUGAUUCUUGGUAAGAGCUGUUUCUGCGGUGGCGAAUCUUUUCUCACCAGCGCCGUAGUAUCCGCCGCAAACGAAACACGGGACGCACUUUGCGACCUUGCAGGAGGUUUCCUGAUUGAAGAAAAGCACCCUCUGUACGGCGAGUAUCGGAAAGGACAAGCCAUUCGCGAGUACCUUGAGACCAAUGUCUGGCUGCGGGAGCUUGAUUAUCAACCGGGGGAUUGA